ACCAGUUUUGGGGCGUAUUUUCCGUUUCUUCACUGAUUUAUCAGCAGAUCACACUUGAGAGAUUGAUUUAAAGGUACAUUUGUAUGCCGAAAAGAGAAAGUUGUCGCCUUGUAAUCCUUUAAGUUUAUAGGCUAUCAAGUUGUGAAGCGGAUAACAAACUUUCACGAUUCAACAGUUAUAUGGUUUCAAAAAUGUCCUCUAAAAUGGUGGGCUCAAACAACCUGGCAAAUGCUAGGAGGAUGGUACAGCAACUGAGAGUCGAGGCCAGUAUUGAGAGGAUAAAGGUAUCCAAGGCCUCAGCUGACCUCAUGCGUUACUGUGGAGAAAACGCCAAAUACGACCCCCUGCUCAUGGGCAUCCCUGCCUCAGAAAACCCCUUCAAGGACAAAAAGCCCUGCACUAUAUUGUAG